UGCAUACUGAUUACGUGAAACAACAACUCCCGUGUUUUUCCGCACAGCUAUUUAACUACCCUAGGUCUGCUUUAAUGAAGCAUUUACUAUUACAGGUCAGCUUUACUAACGCAACUAACGCUGUGCUUCUCUUCACCCGACAUCAAUGCCGCGGUGGUAGCUGCAAGAAAGAAGAAAUCCUCUUGUUUACCGGAAAGGUGGACACCGUCAGCGAACGUGGACAGCAUGUGAAGAGGCAUCGCUGAAAGAUCAGCACCUUUAGAAUCAGAAGUAAUUUGCAGUCUGAAACCCUGCAGCGUCGGAUCGUUCUGCCCCACUCGCCGCCGGCAUGUUCCCGUUAGACGCGCCGUGGAACAUUUCGUUCGCAGGCUGCGGCUUCCUCGGCAUCUACCACGUCGGCGUGGCCAGCUGCCUGCUGGAGCAGGCCCCCUUCCUGGUGCACAACGCCAGGCACAUCUACGGGGCAUCGGCCGGAGCGCUCACCGCCACCGCGGUGGUCACUGGGGUCUGUCUGGGAGAGACAGGUGCAAAUAUCAUCAAUGUUGCCAAAGAGGCGAGAAAGCGGUUCCUGGGACCCAUGCAUCCUUCCUUUAACUUGGUGAAAAUCGUGCGACACAUGCUGCGUGGGACUCUGCCAGAUGACUGCCACGAGCGGGCGAGUGGGAGGCUGGGAAUCUCGCUCACCAGAGUGACAGACGGGGAGAACGUGCUGGUGUCUCACUUCAACGAUAAGGAGGAGCUGGUGCAGGCGUGUGUCUGUAGUGCCUACAUCCCAGUGUACUGUGGCCUUAUUCCUCCUACACUUCAAGGAGUGCGAUAUGUUGAUGGAGGAAUCUCAGAUAACCUGCCUCAGUAUGAGCUGAAAAACACCAUCACUGUGUCGCCGUUCUGUGGAGAGAGUGACAUCUGCCCCCGAGACUCUUCAACCAACAUUCACGAGCUGCGAUUCACCAACACGAGCAUCCAGUUCACGCUCACCAACCUCUACAGAGUCUCCAGGGCUCUUUUCCCUCCAGACCCAACGAUCAUGAAGACCAUGUGUAAACAGGGAUAUAGAGACGCUCUGCACUUUUUAAAGAGAAAUGGACUUCUUAAUUUCAACGGACCCCUUAGGGAUCUACCCCUGUUAGCGAAUGGAGAAGAAGUUGAAUGUAAUGAAGAGGAGGAAGAGGUGGAAAAGGAGAGCAAUAAAGUUGAUGAAGAGGAAGUAUCGCCAGUGGAAAAAGAAAAAGUAGUAGCGGCUCAAUCCACUUUAUCAGAAGAAGAACAUGUUGUUAUACAUCUUCCUCCCACUCUACACAAAGCUCUGGUUGAGGCCUGCAUGGAGAGGAGAAGUCUGCUGCAGUCACUAAGAAACCUGCUUCCUGUCAGGAUGGCCUCAGCCAUGAUGGUCCCCUACACUCUCCCUCUGGAGUCAGCCAUUUCCUUGACUACCAGACUCUUUGAAUGGCUGCCAGAUGUGCAUGAAGACGUAGAGUGGAUGCGAGAGCAGACAUUUAAAAUCCUGCAGCAUGUUUUCCGCCGAACCUCCAAAAGCAUUUCCCAGCGUGUGUCAGCCAGGUUUAGCUGUCACCUGGAGUUACACCAUUACCAGUACCUCCCAUCCCGGUUCAGCUCCACCAACUUGUUACCCACCUGGUUGAACGGGAGCAGCUCCUCGCUCCAGGACGUCUUCAAGCGCCUCGACCAGUACAAGAGGCAGCUAAUGCCUGGGGUGCUGUGUGUCAACAUGGAUCUGCAAGGAUCCUUCAGAACGGAUGAGCUCUCACCAUCCGACACAUCCACAGACGGCCUCACAAUGCACGAUAUCCCUGAAACUGGACUUGAUGCCAACUCGAGAGAAACUCCCAUUAACGUCUAAGUUUCUUCUGUAAGUGCUGUAGCACGUCACAGUAGAUCAAACACAUUUUAAACAUAUAAUCAGAUUUUAAUAUCUGUUUACACCCUGACACAUAGAUACUUCGACAUUACCAGUACCAGGUACUGUUUAUGUAAUUUAUUGAGCCCUUUUGUACAUGACAAUGGUAUUAAUUUACCAUAUUUACACUUGUGUUCAUUUCAACUAAUGCAUGACUUUAUGCAUUUAUAUCUUUAGUUAUAGUUUAGUCAGUUGAGCAAACCCAUAGACAAGUAUGUCUAUAGGUUUAGUAAUAAAUCUAUCAACAUAGCACACAAACACACUUGAAUUACAGGAUGUUACAAAAGUAAGUAAAAUAGCUUAAAAAGACGACUGUUUGUUAUUGGGAACAAACAGUUGAGCAGAAUAUUCCUGCUGCAUCUGGUCAUAAACCUGAGCCACCUACGCUGCACAGGUGGUGAAGGAAAAUGGGUUUGUUACAGGGAGUUACUCCAUUUAUAUUUAUAUGUAUCAAUGCAAUACUGUUAAAAUCCACACUGUUUAUGUUUUUAGGUCUGUGUUGUGCUUUUCCUGCUGCUAACUGUUGUACAAUACUUCUGCUUCAAAACCUUUUGAACAGUGAUUACGAUGAUGCAGUGGAUAUUAUACCUGAAUCAAGUAUGUGAUUUUUAAUUUAAUCUUGGAAUCAGUUCAGUCUGAGUUGCACUUUAUUAUUGUUUAUCAACCUUAUUUAAUAUUUCUUAUGUACUAUGUGAAAGAUAUUUUAACUGUGUGAUCAUGCCCCAACGUGUGCCUUACACUUUAAAUGCCAUGUGAGUUUAGCAUCUUGUAAAAAUGUUGAUGAAUAUUUAUGUAAUUGUUAAAUAAACUGGUAUUGUUCAUUUUA